AUGAUGUGGGAACUCCGCUCCGUGGCCUUCUCUCGAGCUGUCCUUGCUGAAUUUCUAGCUACGCUGCUCUUCAUCUUCUUUGGGCUAGGGGCUGCACUCAACUGGCCUGCGUCCCCACCCAAUGUUCUCCAGAUCUCGCUGGCUUUUGGCUUGGCUAUAGCGACCUUGGUACAGGCUGUGGGCCAUGUCAGUGGUGCCCAUAUUAACCCUGCUGUGACUGUCGCAUGCCUAGUAGGCUCCCAGGUCUCCUUCCUGAGGGCCAUCUUCUACGUGGCAGCGCAGAUCCUGGGAGCUGUGACAGGGGCAGCCCUCCUGCAUCAAAUCACACCACCUCACAUCCGAGGGAACUUGUCCAUCAACAGGGUACACAAUAAUACAACAUCAGGUCAGGCGGUCACCAUGGAACUGUUCCUCACCUUCCAGUUGGUCCUGUGCAUUUUUGCCUCAACUGAUGACCGCAGGAGUGAUAACCUGGGAUCCCCAGCCUUGUCCAUUGGUUUCUCUGUUGUCCUGGGUCACCUGCUUGGGAUCUACUACACUGGCUGCUCCAUGAACCCUGCUAGAUCUUUUGGUCCUGCUGUGAUUGUGGGUGAAUUUGACAGCCACUGGGUCUUCUGGCUGGGUCCAAUGGCUGGAGCGGUGGUGGCUUCCUUGCUCUACCACUACGCUCUCUUCCCCCAUGCAAAGACCCUCUCGGAGAGGCUAGCAAUCUUCAAAGGCUACGAGCCGGAAGAAGACUGGGAGGAGCGUGAUGUUCGCAGGAGGCAAUCAAUGGAGCUCCACUCCCCACAGACCCUGCCUCGGAGUGUGAUGGAGAAAGUAUAGGCCACACCGACA